GGUGGCCCCUCCUCCUCCGGGUCCUCCUUCUGGUCCUCCGGGUCCUCCUCCUGGUCCCCGGGGUCCUCCCGGCCGAGCUCGGAGCCCAGGCCUGCCGGGCCGCGGGCCGACUUUGAAAAGUUUGGGAGGCGGCCGAGGCCUCGGGGCUCCGCACACUCGCGGGGCUCAGCCGGGCUCAGGGCCGCGGCCUGGGGGCGGCGCCCGCGCCCGGCCCGCAGAAUACGCGCGCCCUGGGCCGCGCUGCGCGGCGUUCCGCCCGCGCGCGGGGGAGACGCGGCCUCCGCGGACACAAAAGCCCCCGGCCUGCCGCGGCCGCUCGGGGGACGUGGCGCGGCCCCGCGGCCUCCCCGCCCCGCCUGUGCUCCACAACCCAGCACGGGGCCGGGCUUCGGGGGCGGGGACCCAGGGCGCGCGGAGCCCCGCACCCGCACUCGCACCCGCACGGAGCUCCGGGGCCGCGGCCUCGCCGGCAGGCAGCGCUGCGCUCCGGGACCGUGCGCGCCAGGCCCUGCGCUCACCCCGAGCCCCUAUGCGCCGGGGUCCCCGCGCCCUCCAAGGCCCAUUACCCCCGGCUCUACGUCUCCCGUCCGCGCCCCGCAGCUCGGGCUCCACGUUCUCCGCUGCCCUCCAAGGCCCAAGACUCCCUGGCUCCGCGCACCCUAUGAAGGGCGCAAGGGCGCAGCGUCCUGCUCUGCGCUCCCCGGCGCCCUCCAAGGCCCCAAACCCUCCAAUUCUGCGUCCAGGUCCUCUGCGCCCCGGGCCGCUCUCUGCCCUUCAGGCCCAGAGACCCCCAGCUCCACGCCUCUCUGCACACCCAGCCCGGCCCCAGACUCCCCGAGGAAACAGCAGCUCGCAACUUCAUCCCAGCCCCAGCAGGCAUCUUAGCCUCGCAGUCAGAUGUCAGGAAAACUUUGUCUGAGAAAGCGGCAUAGUUCUGGGUGGGUGUAUGGACGCCCCACAUUCUCCGUGCCCGUGGUUCGAACUCGUGUUUCUGCAACGCCCCCUGCCUUGGAGAUGUAAUAACUGGGCUCUUCAACACAAAGCGUAUGGAAUUAACACCAGAAGAGCAUCGGGAAAGGGGAACUCACAUAGACUAGUUGUAGGGAGAUUCCCCCACGCCAACCCAAGGAGACUGCCAAUCAGAUUCGACUAGUAGUCCACAUUCUACAACUGAGGCACACGCUUUUGAGGUUCGGUUUCUGAUUUACCAAGUGAGCGGGACUUCUUCUCUAAGGUGUCUUCUAGCUCUGGCAUUCUUUGAUGAGCUUUUAUGAGUUUUCCCGGUUUGUUGUUAGGUUUUCUAGUUACUGUACUAAGAGAAACUAGCUGCAGACUACACUUCCAUCAGGUAAAACACGGUUUGUUUCUACAUCUAAUCUUAGACAAGUACUCCUUAAGCACAGG